AUGGAUGCCACAGUGAGCGAGGUUCGAGAAGAACCCUUUCCUGCUAAGACCAAGCAAGCCACUGGCACCAUCAACGGCGUGGAAACAGAGGCUACAUCCAUGUUCUUCUCCGACCGAAUCGUCGUAACCAUCUCGCAAGAGGGACGUCUCUCGCAGUGGAUCCAAGUUCCUCUGUUAGCAAACGCCUCUGCCAUGGUGGACAUGAAUCUGCCCACCAGCAGGCAGGGUAUGCUUCCAUCGACUCACCUCACACCCAAGACCCUUCUCGGAGGUGGUGGUGAGGACAGGGAAACCCUCGGCCAGCUAUAUGCUGCCCAAGUCGGCAGCUUGAUUACACUUCGGAACUCGGACGACCGCCGCACUCUUGUCCUCGGGUUGGGGCUACUCAAGGUCGACACCUCGCGGGAGGCGUUCUUCGACACCGUAGAGCUUGUUCAGAAGGUGCUAUGACGAUAUGAUCCAAGAUAGCCCUGGGCUGACAUUGGUCAAGUCAUUGGCAUGACAUGCUGUGUGUGCCGCCUCAGACUGCAGUUCGGUUCCCAAUGUUCGAGGGUGACACACCCGCCCAGUG